AUGAAUGCCGUACCUCGCCGGAAGUCCGCCGAUGACCCGGACGAUUCGUCCGAGGCUCCUGGCGCAAAACGCAGGAAAGUGCGUCGGGGAACUCGCAGCUGCUGGGAAUGCAAGCGGCGGAAGAUGAAGUGCGUCUUCGAGCGUCCAGACGAUGCGAUCUGCAUUGGAUGCCAUCGUCGGUGGUCGAAAUGCGUCAGCCAGGAGUUCCCGGAGGAAGCGUCGACACCGUCCCUGGACAGCAACGACCGGCUGAGGGAGCGCCUUCGCCGCGUGGAGGCACGACUGGACCACGUUCUGACGCACAAAGGGACUCCAGAUGAUGGCAUCCCUACGCUUGUGCCCCCCGAAUUUCAGAAGGCCGUCCCGGUGCGCGACAGCGGCAACGCUCAAGGGGCGUUAUCCGCGGCCGCCAUCCGUCCCGAAAGGGGGCAAUGUGAUGAUCUAGCGCGCACUCUCUGGGACUCCUUACCCUCUCAGGUUGACACUCGUCGGAUAGCCAAGGCGAGCAGUCGCCACUCCGUGCCAUUUCAUGAAGUCCUGACCACGCCGUCCGCGAUGCUCGAUCAGGAUGGCUUCCGAUCUCAACGCCGCCUGAUGGAAAUACCGGGGCCGGAUGCUCAUCCCGUCCUGCUCGCCCGACAUAUGCUCUAUGUCUCCAGCCUCCUGCAACACCUUCACCCAGAUCUUCAUAAGGAGAUCAGAGAUCUUUCAGAGCCGCCUCAGGUCAUGAGGGAGCGCUUAGUGGAGCUGGUUUCCAGUCUGGUCACAAGUAGGGACCGCUUCGUUGACUGCGUGGAAUUUCUCGAAUGUGUAAUGAUCGAGAGCCAGUAUCAGGCAAAUUGCGGCUUCCUGCGACGUAGUUGGAUGAUCGCCCGAAGAGCCAUGGUGAUUGCGCAAGCGAUGGGUUUGCACCGACCGGGAGGUUGCUUGCAGUACAAGACUCUUAGUCCUCACACCAAGGCGGACCCGCACUUCCUGUGGUUCCGGAUCGUUUUCUAUGAUCGUCAAAUGUGCCUGAUUCUGGGCCUACCGCAGGGUACGCUCGAUAGGAAUAUGGCAGACGAAGCGAUUCUCGCCGACGAGUCUCCAGGAGGCCGCCUCGAGCGCCUCCACUGUGUGAUUGCCUCCCAGAUUCUGGAACGCAAUGAGUCGAACGUUGGGUAUUGGGACUACGCGCUGACACAGGCGCUCGAGCAGGAUCUGCGACGAGCAGCACGGAGUCUCCCUAGCCGAUGGUGGCUGAUGCCCAACCUUAGCAGUGAAAGGAAUGACCCCCAAGCAUUGUUCUGGGAAAUGCGCCGACUGUCGGAGCAAGUGUGUCACUACAACCUGCUUAACCAGCUUCAUCUUCCCUAUAUGCUGUACCACUCAAUUGACGGUCGGCACGAGCACUCGAGCAUCGUAUGCGUGAAUGCAUCGCGGGAGAUCUUGUCUCGGUUCAUUAUGUUGCGCCGCUGGAAUCGCGUCGCGUUUAGCUGUCGGACGAUCGAUUUUACCGCUGUAAUGGCCGCCAUAACCCUGCUGCUGGCGCAUCUCGCCAGUCAUCGCUCCCCAGAGAACGACAACUUUCUGACUGUACAAUACCCAGGCGACCGUGCUAUGAUCGAACAGGCACAGGACAAUAUGGAGGACCUGGAUCGGAUAAACGGGGAUCCUCUGAGCGCCAAAAGUGCGGCCCUACUUCGCCGCUUGCUGGCCAUCGAGGCACAAGCGGCCGAAGGAAACCACCGGAGCGCUCACAGCGUCAGCGUUCAGGAGCCUGAUACUGAUGUUGCGACGGGAGACGAGUCUGCCAGCGGUGAUAGAAGUGUUUAUAUCCCGUACUUCGGCGUGAUAAAAGCCGCCAAUGAAGCCCAGCCAUGUGAAAAGGAUGUCUCAACGCGAUCUACGACCCUAGAAAAUACCGGAGUCGAGCAGCCUGCGGAAAAGCAAGGACCAGUAUUGAAUGUAGGAGCGAUGUCAGAUUCGGUCGCUCCAGGACUUCCAACGUCGUCGCUAUGGCCGAGUAGCAUCAACGGCAUAACUACCUUUGCGCCACUGUUUUCCGAUGUGUUAUUCGCUGACUCGCUGCAAACAUACAAUCCUGAGGCGAUGGAGGGUCUUGAGGAAACCUUGGGGCAAGAUGUAGACCUGACCUUUCUGAACAGCUUCUUGACAGACGUUGGGAACGACGGAAAGAAUGACACCGCGUCUCAUUGA